AAAACAACUCGUUUGCUGGGUUUGUCUUUAUUUUUAACCCAACUUGGGUUGUUUUUAAUCCAGCAUUUUUUAGAGUGUAGGCAUCAUUUAGAAAUGUUAAUAUAAUCCUUAUUUGUAAUAUUGCAGGAUUUAAUAUAAUUUUGUAUAUAAAUAUUGACAAUUUAAGCAGAUAAAUAUUGGCCAAAUAUGAUUUAUUUCAUAGAAUCACCCAGAACUGAUGAUUCAAGCCGUAAUUUCAUGAGUGAUGAAGAAAUAAUCUGUGAUAAUAAUUAUAUAUGACUGUAUGAUUGUGAAUGUGCAGCACUGACAGAAUGAGAGAUUAUGAGUUCAUUAAACUCUGAGCUAAUGAACAUACGGCGCUCUGAUGAGUAUUACUGAUACAUCAGCACAUCUCAGACUAAUUAAUGACCAGUGAUCUAACGACUGAACCUGAAUCAGUUCUCAAGUUGAACAUAAAACAAACAUUAUUCUUUAUGCAAUCUUAUAAAUAAUAUCAAAUUUUAAUUUUUGUGAAAACUUGUUUCUACACCAGAUUCAGUGUUUGUGUCUAUAAACGAUAUUUGCUGUCUAAUGAAAAAGACUUUCUGAUGUUGAGACACUUUCUACGAUACUGUAAGUGUGUUUGCAGAAUAAUUAAACCAUCUCGAUCAGUGAUGAAUCCACUUCUGUUCUGAAAUGUUCUCAUUUCUCUUGUUUUGAGGGUGUUUUCCUGGACUCUGCUGAAGAACAUGAUUCUGAACACACUUCUGUCAGCUGCACACGAGCGCUUGAUCCGUCAUGACAUCAUCAUCCGUGUGUGUGAGGAUUAGAGAGAGAAGGAGUGUGUGUUCCUCUGGAUCACUCUCAGGCUGAUGAUGGAGGCGAUGGAUGUGCUGAUGGAGCGCUCUGGCGGGACGGAGGCCGGACGAUCUCCACAGACCGACGGGUUCAGCAGCGAGUGUCUUCUGCCACCGGACACCGACUUCAUGAUCGAUGAGCGGAUCUCUCCUCACAGCGGUCUGGAGGUCAGCGACCGCCUCACGUACCUGGAGCAGCGCGUCCAGAUGCAGGACGACGAGAUCCAGCUGCUGAAGAUGGCGAUGGCCGACGUGCUGAAGAGACUCAACAUCUCCGAGGAGCAGACGGCCAGAGCUCCGGUCAAAGCGGCGGCGGUGCGUCCCGUGUCUCAGAGGAAGAGCUCCAGCUCCACGCUGCCCUCUACACCUUCCUCCAGGACCUGCAGCCCGAGGACGUCUGUCACGAGCGUCAAAGACACGACGAGCGCUAAAGCUCGGACGACCGGCAGCAGCUGCAGGAAACUGCUGGAGAUCAAACCAAAGCAAACGAGUGCAGGUGCAACAGGCUCCAGGCGUGUCACUCACUGCAAAGUGACUAUGCAGAUUUACCUGAGGCCGCUGUCAAGAAGGACUGGGUCAACUGAGACGCUGGCGCCGGCGGAGACGAUGUCGAAAACAGCCGUGGAACAGAGUAAAGCCGUAGAUGUCAGAAGCCCAGCGUUCACCGCACUCGUCCAGAAGAGCUCGUGUCAAAAAUACAAGAGUCCCGUCAAAUCACCCAGUCAAUACUUCCAGAUCUGUUACUGAAGUAAAGACUCUGAUUCACUCGUGUUAGUGUUGUUUGGGUUAGAGAGUGAAGAAUGAGGCUGAUUCAUUAGUUUUUGGUGUAGAAUUACAAUAAAAUCUCAUUCAUA